CAGGUAUCACCAAUCCAAUCACUAACAAAGGUUUGUGUUUGACAAUUUUUCUAUGGCCACGCUUGACGCAAAUUUGUGUGCGCAUCAGAUUUAAUUGUGAUCAAGAAAGAGUCGGACAUCUCUCAAAAAUACAUAUUUAUUUUCCGAAACAGUUAAACGAUUUUGAGUUGAAAAUAUUACAAGACUACAGAGCAUUAUCUGAGGAAAAAUGACUUUGGGUACUUACAACAGGCAUCAAGCAGAACGCAAAAAGCAAGCAGCUUUGGCAGCUGCAUUUCCACAAGGGAUUCGCUGUCAGAAAUGUCUGGAAUAUGGACAUUGGAGCUACGAAUGUAAGGGCAAACGUAAGAUACCAGUGCGUCCGUCUCGCUCCCAGAUCUUAAAGAAGAACUUGAAAGCGAAGCAAGAGAAUGACUGCAGCAAUGGAAAGUGCAAGAUACCAAACAAAAAGAAGCGCACAAACUCAGAUUGCUCGGAUUGUUCCGAUAGCAGCUCAUCUGGCAGUUCUUCAGACUCGUCGUCAGGUAGCUCAAGCUCCUCCAACAGUGACAGCAGCAGUGACUCUGAGAGCGACAGCAGCAGCAGCAGCAGCAGUGGCUCCGAGUCAUGUAGCGACUGUUAAGUUGUUGGAAUUUUCUCAUUUAGAUUUAUUUUUAUGCAUUUGAAGAUUAAUUUUAAUUUUUUAAUGAAUAUAUUUAUUAUCUAUAACAAACUUACUUAUAAUCUUUCUUUUAUAGUUUUUAUUUUCUUUUUCUAUCUGUAUCUAUAUUGGAAAUAAUUGUUUCUUUGUUUAAAUGCUAUGGAGAUGUUCCAGUUUGCCAGUAUGUUUGAUACAUGAUGCUGGUCAUUGAAAAUUAGGAUAAGUUAAAUUUUUGUCUAUAUAUUCCUUAUUAAUCAUACUGGCAUAUUAUUAUAUUUUUAACUUGUAUUAUUUCAUUGUUACCUGAUUGCUGAUAAACAAAUAAGACUUGGGUUAAAGAAUAAUCUAUGACUUAGUUUAUCUUAAUUAUAUUAGGCUUGUAAAAAUUGUUGUAAGUUAUUCUAUUUAUUGUUUAUUGGUAAUAAAGGUCAUUAUAAUUUAUAUUUAAAAAAAAAAUUAGAUUAUUAAUUUGUGUGAUUCUACUAUCUUAGUGUUAAUGUUUUAAAAAUGUGACUCUAGGCAUAGUUUUAAAGCUGUAAAAACAUGCUCUUAUUGUAGUUUUAAAAACAUAAAUGUAUUGUAGUAGAUUGUGUAUUUCUCUAUUUUACUAUUUAUAUUAAGACUAUGUAAAAUGUUUUCUGGAGUUAAAUUGUUUUUAUUUAAUUAGCAAAGUAUGAAAUUCGAAUUUUAAUAUGAAUAAAACAAUUUCAGUAAGGUAA